GCAGCUACUGGCGCUCAUCGCGUCGUACAACGUGCCCUUGCCCACCUGGCUGCGCCCCUUCAUCCAACUCUUCAACCUCGCGCUCUUUGCCCCUGACGUGAUAGCACCGGCAUGCGCCACCUCCUUUGGCUAUGUGCAGGAGUGGGCUGUCACCAUGCUCGUCCCCCUUAUAGGUCUCCUCGCUUACGCCACACUCUUCGCCCUGCGCAAGCUCUACCUGUACAUUGUGAAAUACAGAUCCACUGCUGCUACCGUUACCACCCCACCCAGUUCUGCUCCUGCUGCUGCCACUGCUACCGCUGCUGAUGCUGCCACUUCUGCACUUCCCGCCACAACUGCGGCUGCAGAUUCUGCUGCUGCUGCCGCUGCUGGAAGCAAACACGGAAACAGACACUACUGCCACUCCCAAUCAUACCCUUCCUCCAACCACCCUCCCACCCACCCAUCCACCCACAAGCAUCCCACCUCUCAUUCCCCUCCGAUUCUUUCAACUACACCCUAGUUCACGGGGUAACCAACUGGUUAGACCUGUGCUACGCACCUGUCGCCUAUCGCUGCCUGCAAGCGCUCCCACCCGUACUUCUACGGGGUAGAGACGCUCGCCGCCGCCCCGUCACUCCUCUGGCUCUCUGCCGCCCAUAACACCAUGUUUGCUGUGG